GUCAACGAGGGAUCCUAUCGCAGCACGAAGAGGCAAACACUCAUAUUCUACCCCGCCGCAGAGCAGCGUGUGAAGCACUGACAGACGAGUGAGGAGAGGAGUGGACACGUCGCCUGGCCAUGUCCAGCUCAUCUGCGCAGAAAAAGGGGGCAGUGGCAAGGAUGCGAAAGUGUGCCUUCUGCAAGAGCAACCGUGACAAGGAGUGCGGGCAGCUGCUGGUGUCCGACAACCAGAAGGUGGCAGCCCACCACAAGUGCAUGCUCUUCUCCUCUGCACUGGUGACGUCACACUCGGACAGUGAGAACAUCGGUGGCUUCUCCGUAGAGGACGUGAAGAAGGAAAUAAAGAGAGGCAACAAACUGAUGUGCUCGUCGUGCCACCGGCCUGGUGCCACCAUCGGCUGUGAUGUGAAGACGUGUCGGCGAACAUACCACUACUACUGCGCCCUGUGGGACAAAGCCCAGAUCAAGGAGAACCCCUCCCAGGGCAUUUACCUUGUGUAUUGUCACAAACACAGAGAUGCCACACAAGACUCCAGUGAAGAUGAACUGGAUGUGACCAAUGACUCAGACUCCUCCCCUCCACGGGGAAGGAGGCGGGGUCAGUCAGAAAAGGGGCGAGUCAAAGCCAGCUCACGUGGCCAAUCAGAGGAAACCCGAUCAAUUUCCUCACAUGGCACAGAUGAUAUGGAGAGUGCCUCACAUCGGGACCGCUCUCCCCUUCGGGGCAGCCCCAGUGACUCAGGCCCCCGCUGUGGGUUCUGCCACGCCGGCGACGAGGAGAAUGAGACUCGCGGCAAGCUGCACACAGACAAUAGCAAGAAAGUGGCUGCACACUACAAAUGCAUGCUCUUCUCGUCCGGAACAGUCCAGCUCACCACCACAUCACGGGCCGAAUUCGGGAACUUCGACAUCAAAACAGUCAUCCAGGAGAUCAAGAGAGGGAAGAGAAUGAAAUGCACGCUGUGCUCCCAGUUAGGAGCCACCAUUGGCUGUGAGAUUAAGGCCUGUGUUAAGACGUAUCACUACCACUGUGGCCUGCAGGAUAAGGCAAAAUACAUCGAGAACAUGGCCCGCGGAAUCUAUAAGCUGUACUGCAAAAAUCACAGUGGGAAUGAGGAGCGCGAUGAGGAGGAUGAGGAGAGGGAGAGCCGCAGUCGAGAGCGGGCCAACAUUAACCACGGGGCCACCCAACCUCUGUACCUGCCCCAAGUCAACGGCAACUAGGUACAGCAUGGAAAACCACACAGCCUUCCGCAGCGUGACCAUCAUCUGAUAUUUAUCUACCCCCUGCAGACGGUGUUCAGCAGGCAAAUGGACAUGGGGAGUAAAGACAAGAAAUCAAAGUACAUAUUUUUGUAUAAAGUUCAACUAGUGAAAUAGGGGGCCAGCUAUCUGAAUCUCUUGCAUCUUUUGGUUGCCUCUGAUAGACGCACGCUCUCCACCGAAUGGCUGCAGAAACGCACACGUCACUCAAAUGGCUUCUACCAAAUUGGUUUUGUAUGGAGUUGUACAAGGGUUUUUUUUUUCAGUUUCUUGCACAUGAUGAAGGUGGGGAAGUUCUGAGAUGAGAACUGGUGUGGCUGAUGUUCCAUUUUGUCUCGAUCUGGAACAUGUGUUACUCACGCACAAGACAGGACUGUACAAAGUAAUUGUUACAUGCUCACUCUGUGCCCCACACUUUCUUUUUUUAAGAAAAAAAUUAAAACUACAAAAAAAGUCGGGGCCCAUAUUAUGGAGGCUGCCUUGUUUGUUCUUUUUUGCAGGUUAUGAAAUCAAUUUUCUCUUGCCCUUUCUCAGAAGUACUCCUUUGUAAUCUUUCUUCUCUUGGA